AUGCCCUCUACACUGGAGUACUUAAAGAAACACACUGUCGUGGUUGGUGAUACUGGAGAUUUCGAAUCUAUGAAACAGUAUCUUCCGGUCGAUUCUACAACAAAUCCUUCGUUAAUCUUGUCUGCAUGCAAAUUACCACAAUAUUCUCAUCUAUUGGAUUCUGCGAUUGAAUAUGCGAAGAAACAAAAAACGUUAAAUGAACAAGUUGAAACGGCAUUAGAGAGGGUAUUUGUUUUAUUUGGAUGCGAAAUCUUGAAAGUUGUUCCUGGACGUGUGUCUACCGAAGUAGAUGCUCGCUAUUCGUUUAGUAUACAAAAACAAGUUGAAACAGCUCGUCGUCUUAUUGCAAUGUAUGAAGAAUUAGGUGUAUCAAAGGAACGCAUCUUAAUUAAGCUCAGUUCUACAUGGGAAGGCAUCAAGGCGGCAGAAAUACUCGAAUCUCAAUAUGGAAUACAUUGUAACCUAACAUUGAUGUUCUCGUUUUAUCAGGCUGUGGCGUGUGCUGAAGCUAAGAUUACCUUGAUUUCACCAUUUGUUGGACGCGUUCUAGAUUGGUAUACAACCAAGCACGGUAAGAAAGAAUUUACGCGGCAAGAUGAUCCCGGUGUCAAGUUGGUUACACGCAUUUACAACUAUUAUAAAGCUCAUGGUUAUAAAACACAGAUAAUGGGAGCUUCAUUUAGAAAUGUUAAUCAAAUUCUUGGCUUAACUGGAUGUGAUUUGUUGACAAUAGCGCCCAGUUUAUUAGAAGAAUUAAGCAAAAUGUCUGAGGAACCUUCUGUAUGCCUAAGUGUAGAGAAAGCUAAGUCAUCCAAUGAUUGUUAUAGCCCUGAACAUCCACUUACAGAGGAAGAGUUUCGUUGGCAAAUGAAUGAAGAUGAAAUGGCCAGUGAUAAAUUGACUGAUGGUAUUCGGCGUUUUGCUAAAGACUCAAUGAUUUUAGCUGACCUAAUUAAAACACAUAUUGAACAGAAAUAG